UCAGCAUUGAAAAAAAAUUGGCGGUUCGCGUGUUGGUUGUUGUGUUAUUGGUUCCCGAGUAACUUUAGUUAACUUAAUUUUAACAAAUGUGAACCUAAACGUAGCUGCAACUCAGUCUGCUCUUGUAACACAACGUAUCUGUAUUUCUUGUCACGUAUGUUCUGUUUCGUUAAAUGUAUAUCGGCGAACUCAAAUCAAGUUGGAGAGUUAUCGUGCGGUUAGAUAGCAGGGAGGAGGCUAGUCCUUAGUCUGCGACCUGUUUCCCGUUGAGAGACGAGACACCACCGGGCGACGGGGUUUGUUCUUCUUGGGAGUAAUGGCAAACCCGACGUUAAUGCAGAAGGAAAAUGGACGAUAUCUGUGGUUUGCGCUUCUCGGGCUGGGAUUUCAACCCGACAUCCACACGUCGGCGGUCGCCGGCAAAACCAACGUUAACGUCAAACACAUCAACCUGGGAGCGAAUAUGUUCGACAAGCCCAACAAAGAUGCCUUUCACAUAGUUAUCCAUUUCCUGUUGGAGAAGCUCAGCCCGACUCGAUUUCAUGAAGCUUACAGGUACUGCUGGCCCGUUUUGAACCACAAAGCAGAUGCAGAGUUCCGCAAAAUUACCUGCAUUUGGCUGCGAGAGAUAAUGGAUGAAGCCGGAAACACAGGAUCCAAAGCGGUGGCGUCAUUGUUUCUCUCACCCGGAGGCCCCAAAUUCACCAGCUUAAUGCUGAAUUUGGCCAUUCACGUCAUGCAUCAGAAAAUGAAGACAUUCACCACAGAUGGCAGCUGGGUUCCUGAGGCUGCAGCGAUUCCCGCCUGCACCUCGGACAUGGCGGUCAAGAGGCUCAGUCUGAUCCAUAAAAGGUUUUUGAAAGCUGCACAGGAUCAGGAUCGUUUCCUCCAGGAAUACCAGAGACGAGCCCAGCAUCUGGUGAAUUCUAUGAGGGACAUCAAUGCAGAGGGUGCCAAGUAUGAUGAGCUUCUUGCGAAUCUUGAUGCUGGUUCCGCAGAGGACGACGCUGCAACAGCUGAGAAGGCCAGAAAGGUGCGGUCGUUAUGGUCGGCCAUUGAGGACAUGCUGUCGACUAUCAAAGACGGCCGGUGUUCAGUGGAAAGCGUUUUGAAGGGGGACGUUGAUCAGUUCGUCCUGGAUGGGACAGACAGAGUCCUAACAAUUCCACGUUGUCUGCUGCAAAGAAUCGAGCAGCUCCCACAUCAGCUAAGCUCGGGGAAAGUGUAUGAGGACGGCCAGCUGAACAUCCUCAGUGUGAUGGAGCUAAUGAACCACUCGUUGCAACUCCUGAGGGAGGAGCGACGUCGGGCGUCUCGUGGCCCCAACCCUCAGCCCAGCUCGCGGCUGCUGCAGGAGAAGUGCGAUCAGAUGGCCCGUGCACUGCAGAACCUCAAUCUCCUCAGGGAGAAGGUUUCUAAGGAAGAAGUUCCUGAGGUCAGGAGUGCCAUUAGGAAGUUGGAGGCAGAGUGGGACAAGAAGUGGAUGGACACUCUGAAAGACACACCUCUAGUCUCUUUCCUGAAUGAAGAUCCGGUUCUUGGCUUCCUCUCACCGAUGGCUCCGUUGUCAUUUGAACCAGCAGCCUGUCACAAAAGCAGCAUCUUCUCCAAAUACCCCGCUAAACUACUUGAGGAGAAACCUGCAGAGAGGAGGAAAUCGCAGGAAGAUGUGCACCUUAUUUAUUCCAACCUCAAAACGCCCUGUCCUGCAACAGUUGAGAGGGCUGAGAGUCCCGUUGUCACCGAAGCAUUGCGAGCAAAUACGUCUCUGGACUGGCUUUUAGACACUCCUCCAUCCCCUCCUCAAAAGGCUUCACCUGCACCCGCACUUGAGGCCAGUGUGAGGAAGACGACUCAUCAGAAGGUUGCAGCCGUGAAGACCAAGACUCAGAUACUGGACAUGGAAUAUGAGAACCUCGCUGAACAGUUUGCAGAGGCUGUUACGACGACCAGUCCUUCAGAGGGCAGAGAGAAAGGUUUGGAUUUGGAGGGACUUCUCUGCACUCUGCAGCGAGACCCCUUCUCUGCUAGGAAACAGCUGCCACGUACACCUGAGAGCCUGAUUAAGGAUGUGAAAAGCUCCUGGAGAAAGGCGGUGCAAGAAGACGAAGCUAAAAAGCAUCAGCGCGCAGAGUUCAACAGCAGCGUAACGAGACGACUGAGCCCCCUCAACGAGUCCUACAAUGUGUUGCCGAGCCCCGACGCUCCCUCCCAAACCACCACUCCUCCCGUCACCAGCCUCAGCAGCCCACCUGCCAGCCAGCAAGGGGGCUUACCCAAGUCCACUCUCCUGUGGGACACCUUCAACAUGGAGGCUCUCGACGACUCCAGCGGCACAGGAAGCAGCGCGGUCCAGUUCAACCUCAACCAGGAAACUCUUCCCGAACUGUCGAGCUGCGACAGCCUGCUGAGCCUCGACGACGAAGCUGCGGACGUGAAGAGUGAGGACGAGGAGCUGCUCCUCCCUUCGUUGAAGAUGGAGGUGAGCCAGACGCCGAUAUCCACGCGUCGUCACCUGGCUGAGAUCCAACAAGCGUACAACGACGGCUCCUUUAUGGGAGACGUAAGGACACCUGAGUGCCUUCUGUCGGAUUACUCGGUUUCUGGUUUGGACAGAGACUACACAAGAUCAAUGGAAACCACCGACAAGGUCUUCUCCCUGGACCUGGACGCUCUGGAGACACAGUUCCCCCAAAAGAAACAGGAGUACAGCCUCCCCCCACUCAUUUCAUUCUCCCCAAUCGAUGACAUGAAGUGUUAGCCACACUGAGAGGACCCAGCCUUCACGUUUACGUUUUGAUUUACAUUAAUAUUGUAACAUUAACUCCUUAACAAAUAAUAAAAAAAUUCAAAAUGGUGGAUAACUUUAUUCUUUUUUUGUGUAAAUAAACUCUUGUCAAGAACUUGAAUUAACUUUAAAUGUUGAAACUAUUUAGACUGAAGCUAUGAAAAUGCUUGUGUGCGUUUUUUCCAGUAUAAUAUGUACAAUGCACUAUGUAGUUCCUGGCCACAAUGUUGUAACAAGAUUUGGAGAUUUACUUUAAUUUUAAAGUAGAAGUGAAUGUACUGAAGGGUACGAAAUCUUAUCUGGAGCCGAGUGGUGGGACGUCUGAUCAUUUUUUUGUUUUUUUUAACCUUUUACACACUGACUGGGUUUAAUGCCUUGUUCUUAUUGAGAGUGCAGCACAUCAUCGUUUGCCGACAGCACCUUUUUUUUUAUUUUAACUGAUGUUACUACUCCCGUUUACCAGAAGGGGGCGUCAGAAACUGGGCAAACCUUUUGUAAAAUAGCCAAGUCAAGGUGGCAGUUUAAAACUCUCAAAGCAGGAAGUCAAAACAUUUUUUCCUUCAUAUUAAACAGGGAAAUGUGCCUUUUGGAUUUUUCGCCUUGUGGUUUGCAACUAAUUGUUUUUCCAUUUGGUUGUAGUUCUGAGUGUUCUUCCAAGUAAACCAGGAGAAACCACUAAACGGAAAUAAACAUUGCCCGUAUUGUCUUUUGA